AAUUCACCCAGAAACCCGUCAAGCCUUUCGCAUGGAUGAAUUGACAAAUUCAUUUCUGAAUUGAUGGACGAAUACAUUUAUGAAUUUGUGCACGAACUGAUGAGUUAAUUGAUGACUAGUUUUGGCACAAAUGUCGCUCCAUACUAAUGCGCGUCUUUGUAGGGGUGGAGUCAGUGUGCGUGCAUAUUUACUGCUCGGUGGUGCCAGGGUGCGGCAGCUUUAACCUCAUUGCGUGCAGGUAUUUUAAAGAUACAGCGACGGAUUUCAAACAUCAGAACUUAAAAAUCGACUCAUCCAUAUUUAAACGGUGCUGUACUACACUUUGCUACUCGUGGACGAUAAAAAAAAACAGCUACUAAACAGAUGCCCAUGUGAUGCCAUGGACAGUGUGGAGAUGGAAUCUGUCCCAAUUAAAGAGGAGUUCCCUGAACUUGUCCCCUUUAGUGUGGAGUUCUCUGGGCUGGCUUCCCUCCCAGUUAAACAGGAGCUCUAUGAGGUGCAAUGUGACAGCAGUCAGCCAGAGGUCUCUGAGAUUAAAGCUGAGCACAAUGAAUUGGAGAUCCCCCAGACAGAAGAACUGCUUCCUGUGAAACAAGAGGUACUGGAAAUUAAACAGGAGUGUCUGACAGUAGAGUUUGACCAUAUGGAACCAGGGAAGGAAGAAUCCGAGGACUUCAAACCAAACAUCCCUGAGCUGAAGUCUGUACGCCUGCGGGAGUGUAGCGUGGUGGUGGAGAGGAUCUGCAUGAGAGAGCGAGGCACUGGAGAGGAAGACUCUCCCAACAGCACGCAAGGAGGUGGAAAGGAAGGUGGGCGGUCAUAUUCAGAAUACAGUCUAGCAGGUUCCAGUCCCACAGCUAAAGCAAGGAUGGGCAGUGGAGAAUAUCCUGACAGUAGGAAAGGUUUCACCCAGUUAGGGCAUUUUGAAAAACACCAACGAAUUCACACAGGAGAGAAACUGUAUCGCUGCUCUGACUGUGGGAAGAGUUUCAGGGAUUCGGGAAUUCUAAAAGCACACAAGCGAAUUCACACAGGAGAGAAACCGUACCUCUGCUCUGACUGUGGUAAGAGUUUCAGACAGUCAGCACACCUUGAAAAACACAAGCGAAUUCACACAGGAGAGAAACCGUAUCGCUGCUCUGAAUGUGGAAAGAGUUUCAGUCGUUCAGAACACUUGAAAAAGCACCAGUAUAUUCACACAGGCAAGAAACCGUAUCGCUGCUCUGAAUGUGGGCAGAGUUUCAGGGAAUCGGGAAAUUUGAAAGCACACCAGCGAAUUCACAAAGGAGAAAAACCAUAUUGCUGCUCUGACUGUGGGAACCAUUUCAGAAUGUCAGAAUACCUGAAAAGACACCAGCGUAUUCACACAGGAGAGAAACCGUAUUCCUGCUCUGACUGUGGGAAGAGUUUCAGGGAAUCAGGAACUCUGAAAAAACACCAGCGAAUUCACACAGGAGAAAAACCAUAUUGCUGCUCUGACUGUGGGAAGAGUUUCAGACAUUCAGAAAACCUGAAAUUACACCAGCGUAUUCACACAGGAGAGAAACCGUAUUUCUGCUCUGACUGUGAGAAGAAUUUCAGACAUUCAGGAGAUCUGAAAAAACACCAGAGAAUUCACAUAGAAGAGAAACUGUAUUGCUGCUCUGACUGUGGGAAGAGUUUCAAGCAUUCAAGACAGCUGAAAACACACCAGGGAAUUCACAGAGGAGAGAAACCAUAUUUCUGCUCUGACUGUGGGAAGAGCUUCAGACAGUCACAACACCUAAAAACACACCAGCGAAUUCACACAGGAGAGAAACCUUAUUGCUGCUCUGACUGUGGGAAGAGUUUUAGAGAUUCAGGCGACCGGAAAAAACACCAGCGAAUUCACAAAGGACAAAAACCUCUCCAAGCGAUUUGUGACCACACAGGACGGUUCCUGGAUGUGUUUGUGGGUUACCCUGGGUCAGUGCAUGACUCCAGGGUACUGAAGAACAGCCCUGUGGACACCAGGGGGCUGUACCCUCCACCAGGGUUCUUCUUGUUGAGAGAUGGUGGGUACCCCUGUCUGAAAGAGCCAGUGUGCCUGAUCACACCAUACAAGGAGCCUGUGCAAGGCAGGGUUCAGGCCCGCUUCAACCGCCAUCAUUCCAAGGCUCGUUCCAUCAUAGAACGAGCCUUUGGGAUGAUGAAAACCCGAUGGAGGGCCAUUUUCUUUAAAGCCCUGGAAGUUCACCCAUCAUUUGCCCCAAAAGUGAUAGCAGCAUUUGUCUGCUGUGAAGCCACUGCUGUAGACGUGCCUGGUGAUUCAUCCUCGACGGAUGAGGCAAUCAGGACUGGAGGCCUAAUAGAGGGGCUCCCCCCAAUUGCCUCAUCCAUGAGGGUGAACCACGGCCACGACGCAGCAGUGGCCUCCCCUGCCUCUGUCCCUGUGCCUGUUGGAGGGCAUUUCAACUCCUACAAGAGAAAAACAGAAUCCUGUGUGCUGGAAAUUAAACAAGAGCCCCUGACAGUAGAGUUUGACCACAUGGAACCAGGGAAGGAAGAAUCUGAGGACUUCAAACCAAACAUCCCUGAGCUGGAGCCUGUACACCUGCGGGAGUGUAGCGUGGUGUUGGAGAGAGUCUGCAUGAGAGAGCAAGGCGCUGGAGAGGAAGGCUCUCCUAACAGCACGCAAGGAGGUGGAAAGGAAGACAGGCGGUCAUAUUCAGAAUGCAGUCUAGCAGGUUCCAGUCCAUCAGCUAAAACGAGGGCAGGCGGUGGAGAAUAUCCUGACUGUGGGAAAGGUUUCACCCAGUUAGGGCAUUUUGAAAUAAACCAGCGAAUUCACACAGGAGAGAAACUGUACUGCUGCUCUGACUGUGGAAAGAGUUUCAAACAGUCAGCACACCUUAAAAGACACCAGCGAAUUCACACAGGAGAGAAACCGUAUUGCUGCUCUGACUGUGGGAAGAGUUUCAGACGUUCAGAAGACCUGAAAAUACACCAGCGAAUUCACACAGGAGAGAAGCCAUAUCCCUGCUCUGACUGUGGGAAGAGUUUCAGAGAUUCAGGAGACCUUGAAAGACACGAGCGAAUUCACACAGGAGAGAAACCGUAUUGCUGCUCUGACUGUGGGAAGAGUUUCAGACGUUUAGAAAACCUGAAAAUACACCAGCGAAUUCACACAGGAGAGAAGCCGUAUCCCUGCUCUGACUGUGGGAAGAGUUUCAGAGAUUCAGGAGACCUGAAAAAACACCAACGAAUUCACACGGGAGAGAAACCGUAUUGCUGCUUUGACUGUGGGAAGAGUUUCAGACAUAAUGGAAGCCUGAAAAGCCACCAACUAAUUCACAUAGUAGUGAAACCGUAUCCCUGCUCUGACUGUGGGAAGAGUUUCAGGCAUACAGAAGACCUGGAAAAACACCAGCAAAUUCACACAGUAGAGAAGGUGUAUCACUGCUCUGACUGUGGGAAGAGUUUCAGGGAAUCAGGAACUCUGAAAACACACCAGAGAAUUCACACAGAAAAUCCAUAUUUCUGCUCUGACUGUGGGAAGAGUUUUUCAGGUAUUCAAGACUGCAGACGUUUUUCAAACAUUCAGAAGUUAAAAAAAAAAAAACCCGACUCAUCCAUUUUGAAUUAUAAUACCUGUUCCAUCACUGUGCUUGUCGUGGACGAUAAAAAACUACUAAACAGAAUACCGUGUGAUGCCAUGGAUAGUGUGAAGAUGGAAUCUGUCCCAAUUAAAGAGGAGUUCCCUGAACAUGAACCUGUUCACUUUAGUGUGGCGUUCUCUGGGCUGGCUGCCCUCUGUGAGGUGCAGUGUGACAGCAGUCAGCAAGAGGUCUCUGAGAUUAAAGCUGAGCACAAUGAAUUAGAGAUCCCCCAGACAGAAGAAAUGCUUCCUGUGAAACAAGAAGAGGUGCUGGAAAUUAAACAGGAGCCCCUGACAGUAGAGUUUGACCACAUGGAACCAGAGAAGGACGAAUCUGAGGACUUUAAACCAAACAUCCCAGAGCUAGAGCCUGCACGCCUGUGGGAGGGUAGUAUGGUGCUGGAGAGAAUCUGCAUAAAAGAGCAAGGCACUGGAGAGGAAGGCUCUCCCAACAGCAUGCAGGGAGGUGGAAAGGAAGACGGACGGUCAUACUCAGAAUGCAGUCUAGCAGGUUCCAGUCCAGCAGCUAAAGCAAGGAUGGGCGGUGGAGAAUAUCCUGACUGUGGGAAAGGUUUCACCCAGUUAGGGCAUUUUGAAAUAAACCAGCAAAUUCACACAGGUGAGAAACUGUAUUGCUGCUCUGACUGUGGAAAGAGUUUCAAACAGUCAGCACACCUUAAAAGACACCAGCGAAUUCACACAGGAGAGAAACCGUAUCCCUGCUCUGACUGUGGGAAGAGUUUCAGACGUUUAGAAAACCUGAAAAUACACCAGCGCAUUCACACAGGAGAGAAACCAUAUCCCUGCUCUGACUGUGAGAAGAGUUUCAGAGAUUCGGGAGACCUGAAAAAACACCAGAGAAUUCACACAGAAGAGAAACCGUAUUACUGCUCUGACUGUGGGAAGAGUUUCAGACAUAAAGGAACCCUGAAAAGCCACCAGCAAAUUCACACAGUAGUGAAACCGUAUCACUGUUCUGACUGUGGGAAGAGUUUCAGACAUUCAGAAGACCUGAAAAAACACCAGCGAAUUCACACAGGAGAGAAGGUGUAUCACUGCUCUGACUGUGGGAAGAGUUUCAGUCGUUCAGAACACCUGAAAAAACACCAGCGAAUUCACACAGGAGAGAAACCGUAUCGCUGCUGUGAAUGUGGGAAGAGUUUCAGUCAUUCAGAACACCUGAAAAGACACCAGCGAAUUCACACAGGAGAGAAGCCGUAUCCCUGCUCUGACUGUGGAAAGAGUUUCAGGGAAUCGGCAACUCUGAAAACACACCAGAGAAUUCACACAGGAGAAAGUCCUUAUUGCUGCUCUGACUGUGGGAAGAGUUUCAAACGUUUAGAACACCUGAAAAUACACCAGCGAAUUCACACAGGAGAGAAACCUUAUCUCUGCUCCGAAUGUGGGAAGAGUUUCAGGGAAUCGGGAACUCUGAAAAUACACCAGAGAAUUCACACAGAAGAGAAACUGUAUUGCUGCUCUGACUGUGGGAAGAGUUUCAGGUAUUCAAGACUGCUGAAAACACACCAGCGAAUUCACACAGGAGAGAAACCAUAUUUGUGCUCUGACUGUGGGAAGAGUUUCAGACAGUCACAACACCUAAAAACACACCAAAGAAUUCACACAGGAGAGAAACCGUAUCUCUGCUUUUACUGUGGGAAGAGUUUCACAGAUUCAGGAGGCCGGAAAAAACACCAGCGAUUUCACAGACAAAAACCUUAAAGCGCAUGUUCAGUGGGACUUUUUACUCAUUCAAGGGGGAAAAAACAUAUUGCAUUAUUAGUCCCUGUGUAAUAAUAAUUUUUCUGUGUCACUCUUAAGACCAUGCAUUUUAAAUGGUAAAGAUGCACUUGAGAAAGUGGGUGGUGAUGCGAACAUGUCUAGUUUAACUGUGUCAAUGCAGACAGUGCCUGGGAGCAGGAAUAUACAGAAAGGAAACUAUUCCGCAGCUUAUCUGAUAUACCAGUCAGGAGAAAUCGGUAACUUGUGUGGUAAAUGAGUUUCAGGGUUUAGCAUUUAAACUUGAUUAAUCUGAAAAUAAAUAAAUUGAUCAGAACGAUUAUCCUGACCCGGUAUAUAGCAUCCAGAGACGAGACGGCACCGUCCUUACUGGGCAAUCAGCUGGAUGAUUUGACUUGUAAAUUCAUCACGUUUCUAGAACUAAUGAAAAAAUGAUAAUGUCCUGUGGCUGAAUCACUGAAUAUUGUGCAACGUGUAGCUUUGCACUGUGCAUUGUCCAUGCUUUUAUUUGAGCUUGCUUUUAAACUGCCCUAACUAAUGCAAGUGUAGCAAGCAUGUGUACGGAUCUUAGGUACAGAGAGGCAUACAUGUUUUAGACUGACAAAUUACAAUUAAUUACUAUUAAUGGAUUAAGCUGUCAUUACAGAGCACAAAAAUAUAGGCUAAAAUGCAGUCUGGUAAUAGAAAUAAACAUGUGUUUUGGGUGGGUGGUGGGUCUAUAGAUUUUGAAAAGGAUUUAUUUGCCUUUUAGUAGAGAAUUAGAUAAAAAAAAAAUAUAUAGAUAGAGGUAGAUAGAUAGAUAACAGUGCUAGACCGGGACCUUGUUAAAUUAUGUAAUGAGGAUGUUUGUGUAAUCAGAGUUCUACUGAGACGUCACUGUACAAUUAACCCUUCUAAGGACUGAGCGUUUUCUGACUCUCUUACUAUAAAAAAAUCAUUUUUUUUUUUCUUUUUUUUUUUUACAAUGGAAUCUUGGUGUCCUUUAUUUAUAUAUAAACAUUAUAAAGUACUUAAACAAUACAAAUGUGUCCCUUUUUUUUCUUUCAAAACAAUAUUUACUUUAUUUUAUUUUUUUAAAUUAAGUAUUAUUAUAAGAAGAAGAAGAAUUAUUAUGAUGUAUUCUGCUUUGAGAUACAUGCUUUUCUAUGACCUGAGGGGACCUUACAAUACUUUUGAAAGUUUUGUUGAGAAAUAUUGAUGUUUGGGCAAAUUAAAUAUUUUAUUUAACAUCAUCUAUUCAAAGAAACUACAAAACAAAGUGUCUACCUGAAGCUGUAAGUAGUACAGUAUUUCAUGCUAGAUUUUGAAAAACACAUUUUUCAAUUUGUCAG